UCUAAAUUUGCUUUUCACGCCUCUUUUUCCAGGAAUUUUCCAUUCCGAGGCAUCCUUCAGAGACAGGUUGAAGGAGAUGUGGUUUGACCCAUACUGUCGCAAUGCAUCAGCACUUUCAGCAGUCACCCGCCUUCAUGCUGAUGAACAAUGCACGGAGGGUUCAUCCGGAUUUGAGCAUGUUUUCAUCAUGGAGUACACGGACACGCUGUCUGCUGGCAUCCACGGCUGGGUGUUCUUCAACAUGGAAGAGCACCUGGGUGGCUUCAAUUACUACGGGUAUCUCGGGACCCAGGAAAUCCCAGGAAAGGGAGUCAUGCUUGAAAUCGUGUCCGAUUGGAAUGGACACCUGAAACCCAUCACUGGCUUCUUUUCCGGGGCCAGUCCAGAACUGGAGCUGGCACUAUUCUCGGCAUGCUUCAUCCUCCGCCCAGGCGAACUCGUCAACAUAACCCUUGCCGGAGAAUUUCUUCAACUUCAAACAGUCGUCGAGUCGUAUGACAACAAGGACCUGGUUCACACAGCGUAUUUCGUGUUGGAGAAAUGAAGGAACGCUCUAUGCGACUAUACUGUAUUCACUCCGCACAUACGAGUGAAUUGUACGCAACGUGUGCAGCACACAGUUGCAAAUCGGGGCCUAUAUACUACAGUACUGUUACACUAUUCCAAACUUUGGAAACUGCAGCUGCAUUCCGACAAAUAAAAGGAUGUGUGGAAUCACGAAAAAGAA